GCGGCGAAACGAAGGCGCAGAGAGGGCGGCCAUGACUCCAGUCUCCACAAUUAUUUAAUCCCAAAUAAAUUACCUGCGGAAAACUUCCAUGGCAAGAGCCACGAGUCAGAUCUAUGAUGUUGCAUCCCUCCACUCCUCUGUUCUCAUCUCCUGUCCAUCCAUGGUAAGAGGCCAGCAGGACACGCCCCGUCUCCACGGCAACAGCAUGGAGGGACCGGCACCAAACGCCCAGCCCGCCCAGCCUCGCAAGAAGAGACCCGAGGACUUCCGAUUCGGCAAAAUCCUGGGAGAAGGCUCUUUCUCUACUGUUGUCUUGGCAAAGGAACACUCGACGGGGAAGGAAUAUGCAAUUAAGAUCCUGGAGAAGCGCCACAUAAUGAAGGAGAAUAAAGCGCAGUAUGUCAAGAGAGAACGAGACAUAAUGUCACACCUGGAUCAUCCGUUCUUCGUCAAGCUCUACUUCACCUUUCAGGACGAGGAGAAGCUGUAUUUUGGAUUAAGCUAUGCUAAAAAUGGCGAACUGCUGAAAUACAUUCGAAAAAUCGGCUCAUUUGAUGAGACCUGCACACGGUUUUACUCCGCUGAGAUCGUUUGUGCUCUGGAGUACUUGCAUCAGAAGGGCAUCAUCCACAGAGACCUGAAGCCGGAGAAUAUUCUGCUCAGUGAGGAGAUGCACAUUCAAAUAACAGAUUUUGGCACGGCUAAACAGCUGUCCUCUGACAGCAAACAGGCAAGAGCAAACUCAUUUGUUGGUACGGCUCAGUACGUCUCUCCUGAAUUACUGACUGAGAAAUCUGCCUGCAAGAGUUCGGAUCUCUGGGCAUUAGGCUGCAUCAUCUACCAGCUGGUUGCUGGUUUGCCGCCAUUCAGAGCUGGGAAUGAGUAUCUAAUAUUCCAGAAGAUUAUAAAACUGGAGUAUGAGUUUCCUGAGAAAUUCUUCCCAACUAAAGACCUCGUGGAGCAACUUCUGUCACUGGAUUCAUGCAAGCGGAUUGGCUGUGAUGAAAUGGGCGGCUACGGCCCAUUGAAGUCCCACCCUUUCUUUGAGAGCGUCGGCUGGGACGACUUACAUUUGCAGACUCCACCCAAACUAACGGCGUACCUUCCAGCAAUGUCUGAGGAUGAUGAGGACUGCUAUGGAAAUUAUGAUGAUCUCCUGAGCCAGUUCAGCUGUAUGCAGGUGGCCCAGCCUGGCCCCACCCCUUUAGUUCCUGUUACCGGAGAGACGAGUCAACCUACAUAUAACCCCUCCCCCAGCGUGGAUCAGUUUAUUCAUAUUCAUGAGCUGGACAGUAAUAGCAUGGAGCUUGACCUACAGUACAGCAACGAGGAGAAACGCAUCCUGCUGGACAAGCAGAGCGCUGCAAACCCAUGGCACCAGUUUGUGGAGAAUAACCUCAUCUUAAAAAUGGGUCCAGUGGACAAACGCAAAGGUCUGUUCGCACGGAGGAGGCAGUUGCUGCUGACUGAGGGUCCUCACUUGUACUAUGUGGAUCCAGUCAAUAAAGUUCUGAAAGGGGAGAUUCCUUGGUCACCUGAGCUACGGCCUGAAGCCAAGAACUUUAAAACCUUCUUUGUUCACACGCCAAACCGGACGUACUAUUUAAUGGACCCAAGCGGAAAUGCUGAUAAAUGGUGCAAGAAAAUCCAAGAAGUCUGGCGAAAGAUCUACCACAAACACCAGAGUCCCAGCCUAUAGGACUACCGAGCUCCUCUCCUUUUGGCCACGCCCCCACAGCCCCCGACCCAACCAAUCAAGAACAGGGACACACGCCCCCCUGUAGAGACGCCUCUCCAGCUAUAUAUUGUCUUUCUGUCUCUUCAUAUAUCAGUCCAGUCCCGUCGCUCCCAAGCACUUUCUCUGUUCGGGUUUUUUGUUUUUGCACGCUGAAGAUGGAUUCUUUACAACCAAAAGCAGCAAGGCCGUAGUCAGCAUGUCACGUCAGCAGAAAGCAUUUAUUACACGAGUCUUUCCAGCGCGAUGCAGGUAACGAACACUUUUGUGCAAUCUCCACCUGUCUGUACCUGACACAAAAACACACAACUCCUUUCCUUGAAUUACGAGAGUCGCUUUAGUGUGCGUUUAGAGUUAAGGCGGGUCCUUUUACCCUUAUUGGCUACAGUAGCUGGUCUUGCUGAUUCCGAUUGGACGCUGUGGUGUCUUACAUUUCGAUAUAAACCUUGACACCGCAGCGUAAAACAAUCGCCACCAAAGCCACGUGGGUAAUGAGAGGGUGAUUCACGCCCCUGGCUCUGUGCAGUAACAAAGCACGACGACGAGUUUAGCUGUUUUCUUUAUAUCGCUUGCAUUGUGGCGGUAUGCAUUUCUGAUUGGAGGCUUGUGACGGAGGGUCAGUCUGAUCGCGAGCGAGUGCGCAUGCAUGUGUGUGUGUGUAUGUGUGUUUGGCUCCUCUCAUUUGGCCGUUUUUAACAGGAAGUCCGUGGUGCGUAUGUGAGACCGAAUGGCUUGUGUGUGAGUGCGUGUGUGUGUGCGCGCGUCUUCCUGAUCGGUAACAGAUGACUGUGAUGUACAGUUGAUGUAAAAUUGCAAAUGGGAGGUGAGUAAAGAGGUGACUCUAGGAUCCAGGUUUUGUAUUUUUAUUCUUGUAUAAGGUUAUUGGGGCCGCUCCGUUCUGGCCUGGCUUCUCUGUGUUAUUUAAAUUCUAAUAUAUGAAAGCGUAUUUGGAUUGAAGUCAUGUUCCAGGGCCUUGCUGUGUAUGUAUUGAAUAUGUAAAGCCUUUGAAUGUGAAGAAUUAUUGUAAACUAUGAUAUUUUACUGCUUUUCGUUUUCUUACUAUAUCAUAUACAUUUUCUAUUUGCGCAGUGAUUGGCUCAUUUCUGAUAAUUUAACGCCUGUGUGCGCUCUGCCCCACCGAGUGUGUGGGUGUGUGUGAGAUUGAGAGAGUGUAUGUGUGAGAUGGAGUGAGUGAGAGAGACUGUGUGUGGGAGGGGGGGGCCCUUGCGUGUGUAGGCAAUGUGUGUAUUCUUCUUGUCGGCCUUUUGUGCUCGGCAAAAUCUAGAACUGAAAUAAAGCAUGUAGGGUUUUAGGCCAUCA